AUGUCAGAACCACGAAUCUGGAAAUUGGAAAAGGAUUUGUGUAGAUGCUGUCACGCCGAGGGGAAGUUUACAAAUUUAUCAAAGGCUGUGAUGGAUCAACAAGAUAUAUAUUGCGAUAUGUUAAGCCGUUGCUUUGAUAUUGAUAUAAGCCCUGUGCCAGGCGACCUUUGUAAUGCGACAUAUACUAUAUGUGAAGAUUGUGCGACGAAAGUGCAAAAUGCAAAUAUGUUUAAGAUACAAGUGUUAAGGUGCGAAGAGAAAUUCUACGAUAUGUUACAGAAUAACUUGAUUGAAGCGGCAGCUCCAACAUCAAUAAAAUGUGAGCCAAUAGAGAGCAUAGAAGAAGAUCCAAGCUUACUAAGUGAUAACGAGGCGGGCAAUGAUUCGGAAACUGCUUUUGACAUGAAAAUGGAGGACAGCGACGGAGAGGACACAACGCAAGAGCAGAAGAACCAACUCAACAAACUGAGGCGGAGGUCCACAAAAGUCGACGGAAUACUAAGGAAUAUGCUCACAGCAACCGGUACAGCCAAAGUGAAGAAGAAAGCCAAACCUAAACCGAAGAAAAAGACGAAGACAAAGAAGAUACCGCCAUCGGAAGAAGCCGUUAAGACUGAGAAGCAGAAAGAAGGCGCGAGCACGGUCAAGCCCAGUGACAUAAUCAAGAUAGACGGAACCUAUGCGUGCGCGCAUUGCGAGAUAAAAUACACAAAGAUCCCUUCGUUAAAGCACCACCUCCGGACGAAGCACUACAGGGAGAAGACUUACAAGUGCCACUGUGGGCAGGAACUGCUCACAGCGUCUGCCUUCGUCAAGCACAAAUACGAAGAGCACGAUAUAGACGAGAGAUUCGAAUGCGCCGCUUGCCCGAUCAAAUUUAACUCCCGGAGGCAGUUGAGGAAACACAUAAACGGGUACCAUAUGUUGGGGGUGAAGAGUAAGUGUCCAUUGUGUGAUUACGAGACGUUCAACCGGGAAUCGUUGUACAAACACAAAUUCAAACAUAAAACGAUCAAGGACCUGCAGUGCAGGUUCUGCAAGAAGGCAUUCGUAAGGAAGUCAACCCUCGAAUUGCACGAGAGGAUCCACACGGGGGAUAGGAGGAAAGUUUGCACCGUUUGCGGUCAGGCGUUCGUUCAGAAGGCCAGUCUGAACUAUCACAUGACGAAGUACCAUCCGGAGCGCUUCUCCACAAAGGGACAAGGAAAUGAUGCAGCCAUUUUUGUUUUAGGCGUCGCAAACAACACAGAAGAUUAUACAAUAGUAGAAGAUAACGGACAAUUGUACCAAUGCAAUGCGUGCGGAAAAGGGUUCAAACAGAAACGUUUCUUCAGCCAGCACCACAGAACGGUCCAUUUGAAACUCGGUAGCAAGAUGACGGGCUGUCAUUUCUGCGAGCAAAAGGUGAAGGCGCAUUUGCGCGCGAAACACAUGGAAGAACAACAUGGCGUCCCGGCGCCCACGUGCAACGCGUGCGGCAGAAAGUUCUCCUACCCUCACCAAGUUAUCUGCCAUCAGAAAACGUUUCAUAUGGGCGAAAAGAAUAUUGUCUGCCCGAUUUGUGAUAUGAAGUUCGGGUCUAAAGUUAAUCUUUAUCAGCACAGAGUGAAGCAUUUGGCUGAGAAGUUGCAUAAGUGUGACGUUUGUGAUGAGAGGUUUAAGUGGCGGAAGCAGUGGUCGCGGCAUAUGGUGAAGCAUAGACAGUUAUCGGACGCCGACGAGCAAAUAUGCUCAAUACGCCGCGAGGACGACGGCUCGCACACUUACACCUGCAAGACCUGCUCGAGAACAUACAAACGCCUGGAUUCCAUCAAGCAGCAUUACAGGCACGUGCAUUUGAAGCUGAGGCCCAAGUUGCACGGAUGCCACUACUGCCCGGAAAAGGUGGGGGCGCAUAUGCGCGCGCAACACAUGGAGGAAGCGCACGGGAUCCCGGCGCCAUCUUGCGGCGCGUGCGGUAAAAAGUUUGCGUUCCCCUUCCUCGUGGUGAGACACCAGAAGACCUUUCACAUGGGGGAGAGGAACUACGUUUGUCCCGUUUGCGAUAUGAGCUUCGGGACGAAGCCAAACUUGAGGCAGCAUGUUAUCAAGCAUACGACGGAACGACCUUUCAAAUAUUGGCGCGAAGACAAAUUCCAAAUAGUGGACGAAGGCGGUCUACCCGCCUACCAGUGCGUGGACUGCGGCCGCACCUUCAAAAAGCGCGACCACUUCUCCCAACACUACAAGUUUGUCCACCUCAAGAUGCGGCCCAAACUCCGCAGUUGCCACCUCUGCAACAUCAAAGUACCCACGCAAUACCGCCCGUUUCACAUGGAACAAGCUCAUGGAUUACCAGCGCCAACGUGUGGGGCUUGCGGGAAGAAAUUCGCCUUCCCCAACCAGGUUCUGCGCCACCAGAAAAUCUACCACAUGGGCGAGAAGCAGUUCACAUGCGGCGUUUGCGAUAUGAAGUUCGCGUCCAAGCGGAUGUUGUCAAACCAUUCGAUAAUUCACACGGCGUUAAGGCCUUACAAAUGUAACUAUUGCGACAAGAGUUUUCGCUGGAAGAAGAACUUGAAGACUCAUAUUUAUAUGCACCUGGAUGUGAGGAAGCACGUCUGCCAGAUUUGCGAAGAGUCGUUCGUGCAGCAGACGAGCUUGAAGUACCAUAUGACGAAGAAACACGCGGAAACGUUAUAG